AUGAUUGUUAGUAUUAUUAUUAUUACUAGUACUACUAAUAUUACUACUACUACUACUACUACUACUACUACUACUACUACUACUACUACUACUACUACUACUACUACUACUACUACUACUACUACUACUACUACUACUACUACUACUACUACUACUACUACUACUACUACUACUACUACUACUACUACUACUACUACUACUACUACUACUACUACUACUACUACUACUACUACUACUACUACUACUACUACUACUACUACUACUACUACUACUACUACUACUACUACUACUACUACUACUACUACUACUACUACUACUACUACUACUACUACUACUACUACUACUACUACUACUACUACUACUACUACUACUACUACUACUACUACUACUACUACUACUACUACUACUACUACUACUACUACUACUACUACUACUACUACUACUACUACUACUACUACUACUACUACUACUACUACUACUACUACUACUACUACUACUACUACUACUACUACUACUACUACUACUACUACUACUACUACUACUACUACUACUACUACUACUACUACUACUACUACUACUACUACUACUACUACUACUACUACUACUACUACUACUACUACUACUACUACUACUACUACUACUGUAGUGAACAGGAUCACGGGUGGGGACAAACGGAUGUCGACAGAUAUAAGUAGUAUGCAACAUCAAUCAAAAGUGGAAUGCUCGAUGGCAGAAGGUUAA